AUGGCAGCACCAACAUCAGAGAAGAAGCAAGCCACCGAACCCGUUGGGCUCCCGGACUUCCAACAACUCAACUACAAAACCUACCUCUACGACCCGGCCGUCGCUUCAUCGACCGAGCCAGGCACCGCGCAGCGCGCCCCUGGCAGCACGGGCACGCCGGGCCUCAUCCUCGUGUGCUCGUGGAUGGAUGCUCAGCCGAAGCACGUGGCCAAGUACACGACGUACUACCGGAUGCUGUACCCAGCCUCUCCGAUCCUGCUCGUCACGUCGUCGACCAGCGACUUCUUCUUCAACCCGGCGUCGCGGCAGAAGCGGGAGCUGGCGCCGGCGCUAGCGACCAUCUGCUCCUACGUCCCCACGGACUCCGCCAACGGGAAAAACAACGGCCUCCUCGUGCACGCCCUGUCCAACGGCGGCUGCGGGCACCUGGCCAUGCUCUGCCAACAGUAUCGGUCCCUUACGGGCCGCGCCCUGCCGGCCUCCAGCAUCAUCUACGACUCGGCCCCGGGUCGCUCGCGCUUCCUCCAGGGCCUGACAGCCAUGUCGCUCUCUUUGCCCUCGUUCCCGCUGAUCCGGUGGCCGCUGCAGCUCUUCAUCGCCAUUCUCCUCAUCGUCUUCUUCCACAUCCCGCCCCUCUUCGGCGUGCAGACGCUGUCGAUGGAGAUGCGCGAGGUGCUCAACGAUGGCAAACUCCUGUGCGGCGAGGCGCCGCGGUUGUAUGUCUACUCGUCUGAGGACGCGGUUAUCCUGGCGCCGGACGUUGAGGAGCACGCGGCCGAGGCCGAGGCGAAGGGAUUGCGCGUUCAGCGCGCCAUGUUCGAGGGGUCGGCGCACGUGGGGCACAUGAGGAAGGAGCCGGAGAGGUACUGGGAGCUGGUUGCUACGGCGUGGGAGAAGAGGGUUUGA